AUGGCGUCGAAGGGAGAUAGUGAGCAGGACUUUGAGGAACAAUGGGACGACAUGGCCAUUGUCCGGGCGUUUGAAGAAGCGCUUAGUGAACAGUAUUCACGCAGCACUGCAAGUGUUAAGACAACUAACAGAAAGCAAAGGGCAGCAGCGUUGCAGUCUAACGUCAAUAAUACUACCAGGAAUACCACUAUUGAUGAGAGAGACGAAGAGCUACAAAACGGAGACGAAGAUCUAGCAGGACGGGAAGGAACAUGUCGACAGCCAAACGCAGGAGCUCAUGCAACUGGAGCAAACCCAUUCGCCUCUCAACAGCAGCAGCAAAAUGAUUUGUAUCAGGCCGCCUACGCGCAAGCGUAUGCCCAGCUCCAAGGUCAGUUCCAGGCCGCGUAUCCUACUUCGAAUCCGCAGCCAUAUAGGCAGGGCAUGCAAAUGCCAGUCCAAUCACCGUACUUUCCGCCUCCACCGCCCAUUCCGUCUAAUCCGACGUCGUUUCCUGGGAUGCCUGCAGCUCAGGUUCCAGGAUUGGCACCCAAUGCAGCAGUGCCAGACGACGGCCUAGCGAACGUACUCAUGGCGUGGUAUCAGUCUGGAUACUACACUGGACGAUUCCGAGCAAUGCAAGAGCUGAACUUGCGAGGUUUACGAUAG